GGCUUUCGCAGGGGCUGAUGCGGCCUCGCUGACUCGUUCGCUGCCCGGGGGUUUCACUGCCCCUUCUGCGCUCGCCCCUAGGGGGCACCGGCGAGUCGCCUCCGCGGCCCUGCCCGGGCUCAGGGGCCAGGAGGGAGCAAAGAUUUUCCGGAAACCCGCCGUGGCCUGGCCCCGGGAAUGGGACGGAGGCGCUGAGGCCUGGAGGGUCUCGCCGCCCUGCUGGUCUAGUAAGGCCCGGGGCUCGAGUCUGUCCCGCCCUCUCGCUGUGAGAGCGUGGUUAGCGCUUUGGGCACCGUUUAAUCCCCACCCCCCGUCAGCCCUUUGCCCCCGUUGUUGUGGGCUUUGCGGUACCAGCAAGGGCCGGGGAGCGGGACGGAAAACGGCCCGGGGUAGCCUCGGAAUCUGUUUUAACCCGUUUUUUAAAAAGGGGUUUGGUUUUUAAAUGGAAGGCGCUGCCUUUAGGUGAUGAUUGUACCAAAAAGCGAGCAAGAACCACCAGAAAAGAUCAGCUGCGCGUUCUUGCACGAAAGGAAGAGGCGUGCUUGGGGCUGAGAGCAGGCUCAGGAAGGGGGUAGCGUGUAGGACAGUGGAGCCUUGUGGUGCUCACUGCAGGCUGUAUUUGAGACUCUGCCAGAGCAGCCGUGUGUAUAUGUGUAGCUAGGGCUUGCAUGUUGUGUAGAUUUAGGAAACCUUAUUUGGGCCCCACUGUAAUUCCUUCAUAGUAUGUUUGUGUAAAGAGCAAAAGACACAACAGAAGGAAUCAGGAGGCCUGGGUUGAACCCUUUGCCCCUGACUCUGUGUGAGUAGGCAUGUUAUUUAAAUGAAUGCUGAAAUUAAAUGUCCCAUAUUUUCUUUGUAUAAAGAAGCUGAUGUACAGCUAAUAGUCUACAUCAUUAACACUGCUUCCAUAAUUAAAACAGUCAAAUGCAAACGUUUUUUAACAAGCACUCCCCUACAAUGUUUGACUAUAAAUAAAGUGAAACUAAUUGUAUUGAUAUUUGUUGCACAAGCUGAUGUGCACACAAGAAUCAAGGUCCUGAUUCUGCAAACACACAUGCAUUGAAAUCAGUGGAGCUACACAGGGUAAUAAAGUUAAGCGUGUGGAUAAGUCCUUUCAGGAUUGGUGCCUAAGCCUGAAUAAUGGGUUUUUAAAGUUCUUUCAUUUGUAAUAACCUGUAGUGCUGUUAAUAACAGGUAAAGAAUCUUGUUUGCUUACAACAUAGGAUUUUUUUUAAUGUUGACAGUGGCCCUUCCACUGCUUUAUGCCUCAUUUUCUUCAUUUGUCGAGCAGAGAUGACACCCAUCUUACAAAAGCAUUGUGUAAUGCCUUACUGAUGCUAAAGUUAUAUUUAGAAUGUCGGUCACAACUGCACACAGCUUAGGGGUGAAGGAACUGAAAUGUUCAGAUUUGGGUGCAGGUCUUCAGAAUUUAGAGCCAGGCUGGUUCUACAUGAGAGGAUGGGAGGGAGCCAGCUUCUCUAUAUCAGCCUUAUUUUUCACUCCCCUGUUGUUUGUCUCUUCUCAGCUGUGUGAAGAUUUCUCAAACACAUUGAUGCAACUUUGUGGCUUCCCAAAAUGGAAAAGUUUGGUGUAGUUGUGCUUGGAAGCCAGGUUGACAAGGUGCACUCCAAGAGCAAAAUAUAGCUGUUGGUGGAGUCCGUAGGGUGCAGCUAUACUCAUCCUCUGACAGUUUUUUAGGAUAUUGAAUAAGAAAAUAUCACUGAAAUGAAGCAGCCCGUGCAGUGGAUGUGCUUUUUAAUCCCAUGAUGUCAGAAGCCACAUCUCCAGAAAAUAAAAGACCCCGGAGAAGCCUGUCCCUCAGUAAAAACAAGGAAAAGAAUGAAAACAAAAAAAAGAAUGAAGCAGAAGUUAAAGGAGCACCACCCAUACCUUCAACUUCUUCCUCUAUCCUUUCAUUUUUUAACAACACUCCCCCAGCCAAAGUCACCUGCCCUAUGUGCGGGCAGAUGGUGCCAAGGUAUGGGAUCAACAAGCACAUAGAUGAAAUGUGUCAGAAGAACCAUGGGGAUGGUGAAAUGAUUCUGGCUGAUAGAGGACUUGACUGUUUUUUGAAUCGGGGCCCAUCAGGUAUACCUUUGAACACUAGUUCCAGCCCAUACUUUGCAAAGGAAGCUUCGACUCCAGAGAAAAAUGAGAGCAUCUUUGAAAGCAACUUGUUGAAAAUGAGAGGAGGUGCAGGACAGCAGAUUAGUCCUUACUUUAAGAAGAAUAAUGCUCCUGUGUACGAUGUUCAGAAUGAGCCAAGGGUGCAAAUGAUUAAAAGUAUCUCUUUGGGAAACUUGUCAUCUAAACUGUCCAGAAGGCACCGUAUCCAGAGUAGACAACUAAUAGAAGAAAACAAGAGGAAUUCUUCAUCUCCAGCUGUUCACAGUGUAUGUGACAAUGCUGCAGAAUGGGGUGAUGGAGAGACUUGUGCUGGGGAUGGCUCUCAGAAAGAGAAUCACUUUGUUCUGGUAGGAUUACAAAAGCAACAUGUCCCAAAAGACAGUUUAACAAAAGAACUUGAAAGUCAGGGAGAAACACGAGAAAGUGAUAAAGAGACUCUUGUGGGUUCUGCUCAUGGGUUUGUAUCCUCCGUUAGCAUUGUUGCCAGGGAUCUAGUGUCUGCUGCAGGGAACACUGAGAAACACAGUUGUUCUGAAGGCAUGGUGCCUAAUCUUGGCAAACAUACAACACAUCCAGCAAGUUAUAAUAAAGUAGAGAGAUCCGAUGGUUCAGAAGCCAAAACUCAGUUCUGUGUUAAGGAUAUUCCUCCUUCAAGGACACAAGUGAUGUGUGAGAGCCAUACAGAAAACUGUCUAGUGACAGAUAAUACAGGAACACUUCCUGUGGAAGUUCAUGAAGACUUAAGGAAUGAGAUGAUUUAUCAUACUUUCUCAGAACCUAUGCAAGAGGUGGAUUUUCAGAGUCCUGCCAGUGACAUUUUAGACAAAAUAAGUGGUGCACUUGGUUCUGCGACUGACUCUUUUGGUCACCCAUAUUAUCUCCAGAAUUUCCUGAUGGUCCUGCAAAUGGUCUUGGAGAAUCAUGAUGAUCGGAGACUCUUUGAUGAGCAAGACACCAGCACUAUUGCAAAGUUCUACCAAUUGUCAGCUCGUGGACAGAAGUUAUAUGUGAGACUUUUUCAACGCAAGCUGAAUUGGAUAAAAAUUAACAAAAUAGAAUAUGCGGAGAUUAGUGCAGAUUUGUUGCCAGUAAUUGGAGAAUUGGUUGAAGCAGGCUUUCUGCAAACAGAAUCUGAAUUACAAGACCUUUCUGAGGGGCUGGACUUGCUUUCUGCUCCUGAGCUAAAAACAUUAGCAAAGACGUUUCACCUGAAAAACCCAAAUGGUCAGAAACAGCAACUGGUGGAGGACUUUCUCAGACUGGCAAAACAACGUUCGAUCUUCAGCAAGAAUCAGGCUGGUAUUGGGGCAGUGAUUUUGAAAAGGGCUAAGGACCUUUCUGGGAAGUCUGUCAGAGUCUGUAAAGGCCCCCGAGCAGUAUUUUCUCGAGUUUUACUGCUGUUCUCACUGACUGAUUCAAUGGAGGAUGAGGAAGCAGCUAGUGGUGGCCAAGGCCAGCUUUCCACCGUGCUUAUGGUAAACAUGGGUCGUACGGUGUUUCCCAGUUACACAGUAAAUAGGAAAACAGCAAUCUUCCAGGACAGAGAAGAUCUCAUCAGAUAUGCUACAGCUGCUCAUUUGUCAAAUGAUGUAGCCAUUGCAAUGGCUAAUGGGAACUGGACAGAAGCUAAAUAUCUCUAUAUGUGUGCAAAAGAAACCUGGCAUGAAUUGAAAAAUCAUCCUUCUUUGAGAUGCCAUAGAGACUUACCUGAGUAUCUGCGACAUUUUACGGUUGGGUGGAUGUAUACAAGGAUCCUGUCUCGAGGGGUUGAAAUACUGCAGAGACUUCAUAUGUAUGAGGAGGCCGUGGAAGAGCUGCAGAAUCUUUUGUCUCAGGAAGUGUAUUGUAUAGACAGCAGAGGACGAUGGUGGGAUCGACUGGCUCUGAAUUUACACCAGCACUUGAAACGCACUGAGCAGGCUAUUGAGUGCAUUAGAAAAGGGCUGUCAGAUCCAUUUGUGCGCACAGGCCAUCGACUUUCUCUCUACCAACGUGCACUGCGAUUGAGAGACUCACCAAGCUGCAAGAAGUUCAGGAGCCUCUUUCAGGAGCUGCCUGUCAUAACUGUGGAAGAUGUUACACAUGUUACAAUCAAAGGAAAAAUGUGUCCCCAGACAGGGGUGGGAAAAUCUGUGUUUCUAGUAGAGGACGAUGAUGAUCAAGAGGAAGGAGAAGACUUCACUCUGUCCACAAUCAUGUGUUCAGUUGAGGAGCUGGCAUUAACGCAUUACAGACAGAAUGGCUUUGAUCAGGGGAUUCAUGGAGAAGGGUCCACGUUUAGUACACUCUAUAGCCUUCUAAUGUGGGACAUUAUUUUCAUGGAUGGCAUACCAGAUGUUUUCAGAAAUUCUUAUCAGGCCUUCCCCCUGGAUUUGUAUACUGACAGCUUCUAUGAGAAGAGGAGGGAUGCCAUUGAAUCUAGACUCCAGCUACUGUACGCAGCUUCCUCAGAGACCCUGAAAGAGAUGAUUGCCAAUGUCUGGAAUGCUCAAGAGGGAAAAGCAGCAGCACUAGUUAGUUGGGACCGGUUUACUUCCCUCCAGCAGGCUCAGAGUCUAGUGUCUUGCUUUGGGGGACCUUUUCUAAGUGGUGUAUGUAGGAGGCUCUCCAAAGAUCUGCGCCAUUGCAGAGGGGGUCUUCCUGACCUAGUCGUGUGGAGUACGCAAGAGCACUGCUUCAAGCUGGUGGAAGUUAAGGGUCCCAAUGAUCGCCUCUCCUACAAACAGAUGAUUUGGCUGGGUGAACUGAAGAAGCUGGGAGCUGCUGUAGAAGUUUGUCAUGUGGCUGCAGUUGGAGCUAAAAGUAAACGCCUCAGUUGAAUAGAACUGUCUAGAACAUGUUGGAAGAGGAGGGGUGGUUAUUUUAAAAAAAUAAAUAAAUAGUAUGAAUA